AUGUACAUUGCCGCACCAUAGCACUUAGGUUUUUAAUGAAUUAUUGCUGAUAAGAUACAGUACUUACAACCUCCUACACGAUCGAGCGAGUAUAUGGCAAUAAUAAUCGAUUUUUACAUUCGACUGCGGCAGUGUUCUACCUGAAGUGCCAAGCUAUCGACCCAGUCAACAAGAAUCCCAGUUAAAUUAUACCCAACAAUAACCGUACUUUGUGUUUAACGAGGUUCUAAUAUCACUGACUGCAGCAUCGUGACCUAUACCUUCCAAAUUGCCUGGAACGACACCCAAGAUUAUCACUGUCACCUGUCUGCGACGCACAAAAAAAGGAAGAAACCCUGUCUAAAUCUUCAUUUAUCCGCCAUGGAUGAGGAGCGCAGCAGCGGCGGUGGGGAGAUUUUCGAGAAGUACUACCACGACCUACAGGAAGAGAUCAUCUACGACGCCAAGAUGCGUCUGAAGAAGCUGAUCGGGGAUAAGAUCCCCAUCAAGGAAAAAGAACGCAUUCUCAAGGAAUCGGAAGCCAAGAUGUGGGUGCUGAUGAAGGAGUACAUCCGCAAACCCACGAAGGAGGAGGAGAAGCGGAAUAGCUGGAAGGACUACCAGGAGGGCCGCAAUAUGUUCAGUGUGUGCGUGCAGCCCAUCAUGAACCAGGCCGUCGAUGAGAUGAUGUCCAUCUACGCGGACGAGCUGCACAAACGGCCGCCGCCCAAUCGCCAGGAACCGAAGGAGGAAUCGGAUGAUGAGAUUGAUUUCGCCUCGGGGAUGUGGGCCAAGGACCACCGCAAGGAGUCCAUGGUACCGAAAUAAUUUAUCUGCGGGAAAGGAUGUGUUUUCUUUGAAAUCUCGGUGUGUAUAGUGGAAAACUGGAAAUCACUGGAAUUAUAUACGUGGUACUCUUGUUCUAUGGCAUUAAUUAAUAAGUACAUCAUGUUUACGUGCACGGUUAUAGAUUAGCACGAAAUCGUGUGAUGUGUCAUCUCAUUGCAAGAUCCUUAAUAUUACUGCAAGAAAUGGUGCGUAGUUUUAACGAGAUAUUCGGUGCUUCAUGUUGCCAUACAAUUAUGCUGACGUAUAAACAGGAUUAAUGCUGUACAUUCUGUACUGCAAACAGAUAAUGAUGUACUUACUUGAUAAUUAUUAAUAAUAAGUAUUCCUUAGAUUU